UUGUUGAGAGUUAUUUUUUAAAAUGCAAACUUGGGAUGUCCGGGGAGUUAAAUUUCCUCCGAGUCCACCUCCGAAAAAAACUCUCUAAAUGCACUUCCUUUUCAUCCCUCAGAUUAAGCUGCUGGAAGCUCACUAGCUGAAACCACACUGACAAAAUCUUAACCAAAUUACUAGUAAAUUGCUUUAGGUUCGCGGCGCUGAUUCCGAGUUUUCGGUGCUUUUAGACCAUUUUCUUUUAAGCAGCUUGGACGUUCUCAAUGAAUCGAGCACGGAAUGUCAUUGUGGCUGCUGGCUUAGUGGCUUUCGCUGGAGCAGGCUUGGCAUUUCCCUUUUACAUGGCGUCAUCAAGGAAAGGGCCAGUGAUUGACUCAUCAAAGCCACUGCCACCACAAGCAACUUUUCGAGGGCCUUACAUAAACACUGGCUCACGUGACAUUGGACCCGACCAUCAAACUUAUCCAAAGAAAUGAUUCAUCAUGUGAAAGAUUUUUUCUGGAUGGAAGUAACCCUUGCGCGUUCAUCUGUGUGCUUUCUGAGUUGAAGUUUCUGAAAUUUGGUCUCUCAGACUCAUGGAGCUGGACCAAGAGAUCUAAUUGUUUUAUCUCAUCUAGAUGAGCAAUAUUGAGACUGAUUCAUGGUCAUCAAUAUUUUAAAAUUUGGAAUUGACAGUGAGUAUAAAAUUUCUUUGUAUAAGAACUGUAAGGUGAAAAUAUACUAGUUAAAGCUUAAUAUCUAAUAUAAAUAAACUGUUAUGCGUUCUUUAUUGAGUAU